AUGUCUUGUUGUUGAGAAUGUGGUUGUUGUGGUUGGUGUGUGUGGUUGUGUGUAUUGUGGUUGUGUGGGUGAUCCUGUUCCCCUGGUUGCUGGCCCGCCUACUCUCCCUCUACCUGCGGGCUACGGUUAGGAUCGGAGCUAUCCAGGGCGGGGGCAGGGUUAUCUCACAGUUCGCUUUAUCCACGAAGGUUUUCGAGAUAAAAAUAGAUAAUCUGCGGUUAACGUCCAGUGUAUUUAGCAGUGAAGCAAACAACCUUCUUACCUUCAUAGCAACAGGUGUAAGUGUAAUACUAAACCCUGGAGAUGGAGAAAGUAUUAAACCAAUCCCUCAGUCCUCUUGUGUACUCGGAGCUCAAGAGAAUAAAAUUCUAAAGAAACUGAUGCUAGUAGCGCCAUUCUUUGGUCUACAGGUUCGAGAGUUCAAGUUGGUUUUGACAAAACUGAAUAUUCUCCCGUCUUGUCACUUAGUCCUAGAGCUAGGAGAACUUAGACUUGAUUCUGCAGUUAUCUAUAGAACUAAACUGUCUCUUACUACCAUCCUUUAUCAAGGUCGGAUGUGUAUUGAGCAUUCUCUCUUUAACUCCAUACUACUGGACACUAACUUUGCAUUCCAGUCUAGCUUUCAGGCUCUCGUUUACAACGGGAGUAUAUCAAGUGUCGAAGAGGCAAAAUUGGAUUUAGAUCGACUUUCAAUACAACUUUCAUCCGCCCUACUUCAACAGAUAGUUCAGGUUAAAAGUAGACCCAGUGAAGCGACAAAACUCAGUGCCUUCACUGCUUAUAUACCUAGACAGGCUGAGAUAAAAGCUGAAGAGUUUAGUGUAAGCCUGGAGCACACAGACAAGAUCUCCUCCCUUGAAGCUGAGCUACAGCUCCUGUAUAUCAGUGUCAAGUGUACAGAACCACCCAGAGCAGAUUCUCUUCCUGAUAGCCAUCUGUCUCUCCAAGUUUCUGCUUUAAGGGUGAACAACGUGAGGGAGGAUGAGAGAGUGUUUGAGGUCUCCAAGUUCCAGGUCCUGGUUCAGAAGGAAGGAAACCUUCUCAACUCGGAUACUCAGAUCCAUGAAUGCCGGGGCAGAUAUUCAGCUCUUCUCAGUCCUUGGAUCUCGCCAAUAUCAUGGCUCGUCAAAAACUUAGAUAAGGGAGACCGUGAUCGAAGUAGUGUAGGUUUAGGUUCAGGUUCAACUUCAGCUUCUCCUCAAUCCUCGUCCUUACUCCGGGAUCUACUCCACAAACACCAGCUGGAUGCUUGGAAUUCAGAUUUGGUAAUUGUUGACUCCUGUGAGUGGGAGAUAAGUCUGCACCAUCUGCAGGGAGGAUUAGAUGGAGGAACCAACCAGCUCUCUGUACGACGGGUUCUCUGUAACUCCGAUUCCAAUACUGUUCUCCAGGUGGGACAGAUGGAUGUUCGGCUCUGCAAACCUCAAGAUAGAACAGAGGUGGAUUUGAUGAUAAACGAGACCAUUUUCUGUUACAACCCUGCUCUGCAUGAUUUAGCUAGUAGGGUUCAUGAAGUAUUUCGUCCAAUAUUACUCCAGCUCCCUCCAUCCACCCCCUCUCCAAAACCUCCUCCCAGUUUCGCUCUUCUCGCCACACAGACCAAGUUUGUCUGGAGCAAGAACGAGAUAACCUUACAAUUUUCUCUCCGAGAGCUUGAAGCAGCAGGGGACAAGACGACUGGAGAGUUUACUCUCUCCGGGGUUAACUUUUCUAUGGAGACCUCAGAGGAGCAGCUGACUUGGCUACAGCUCCAGAAAUUGGUUCUCAAUCACAAGGUCUCCGAGCCUAAGAUUGUGAUCGAACAAAGAGUAAAGAUGAUCUGGAAACCCAACCUGCAAGUAUCCCUCCUUCAACUUGUCGAUGAGAUAAACAAGUUUAAAUCUUUUCUCCCAGCUAAACCAUUAGUACAGGAGGAAACUAAGAAACCCUCUGUUUAUCACAUUCAGUUGACCGACAAGUUAUCUGUUCAAGUUCAUACUGGAGAACAUUCAAUUAAGGUUCGAGUUCCAAAUAUUACAGCCAAGGUUGCGAACCCUGGCAUCUCCUGGAUCCAGACCCCGGUUCUCACAGUGAAGAUGGACAACAAGCAGAUCCUCCAGGUGGAGAAUAUCCUUCUCUCUGCAGUUGAGAAUAGUGAUAAAAUCAGCACUGAGCGGAAACGAAUGCAAGGAGGAACUAUUCAUCAGAACAAGUGCUUUGUGAUUGCAGCAAAUUUGUUUACGUUCACCGAACCUUAUCAGUUCAAUUUCCAUAAAGUUUUCUUUGAAGAAUUUCUCGGCGUUGUGAAAUGGUUGAAGGUUAAACAUGGGAAACUUUCCUCUCCCAACUCAACCCUUCCCCGGGAUAUUCUUAUUAAUAUAAAAAAUUGUAAAUUUGAACUAAGCGAUGAUCCGUUCGAGGUAAGACUCCGGGAUAACUAUGAGCUUCAGAAGGACGAGUACACGGAGAGUCAGACAAGGUUGAAGGUGCUGGAGGAGAGAAUUGCGGAGUUCAGGAGGAAGAACUUGAUGUUCCCCUCUGAGAAGGUUGAAGAGCUUCUUCAGAACUUGAAGAAGAAAAAUGCUGAGAUUUAUAUACAGCGUGUGAAGAAGGUAUAUCAGGGAUGUAAGACCCGGACAAGAUUGCUGGAAUGGGAGCUCAGCGGGUUGGAAAUGAUGAUUCUAGCGGAUCCCAGUAUGCAUGGUAAAACUGAAGUGGUUCGGCAUCUCCAGGACUUUGAUUAUUUCUCUCCCUGGCCCCCGGAGUCCCAGCUGAGCUUCACUACCCUGUGGUGCAGAUGGAUCAGGGUUCAGUCCGACAGUUUUACAGUCUCACUCAGAGAUUUUCCUCAGAAACUUUUAGAUAUUCAAACCCUAGCGCUCUGGGGUAAACUGGCAGGAGCAGAGGCAAGUCCCACCAAACGAGCAAUUAGAGAUGAUAGGGUGAAGAUCGGACAUCCCUUCCAGGAUCAGUUUGUUGAAAGAAAUAUGGUUCCAUUGAAGUUCUAUUAUGAUUUAGCUUGUGAUGUUGAGACAUUAUCAAUGGCGUAUGGAUUAUGUUGGGAGCCUACUCUAACCCAAUGCUCCUUAGCUCUAAACUAUCUGACGGGAGGGAGCAAGGAUCCAAGCCCCCCGCUCCCUUGGUGGGACAAAGUAAGACUUCUGCUCCAUGGUAGAUUCCUGCUGGCGGCCCGAACCAAGAAGCUGCUACUUCAUGCUAGCCUUGAUCCGUACAAUACCACAGAGGAGAUGGACGUGAGCUGGACGGACAUGGUUCUCAACUGGGGGGAGGCGGAGAUGAGUGUCAACGGAACCCUGGAUAUUUACGUGAGAACCGCCAGCAAAUACGAUGACGGUCAUCUGCUCCACUUGCCGAAUUUAAACCUUCAGAUUAAGAUGGAUUGGAUCUGUCUUGCUAACCCUAAGGAUCACCACUCCGUCAUACCAUGUGCACCGAAUAAACUACCAGAAUAUUCGUCCAACCAGGAACAUGAUUCAUACAGAGCAUUUAGAUCCUCGAACCUAGACCUUUCCGUCCAGUUCGAAACUAGAUCAGGACGGGGAACACGAGGAGAAAGACCAAAGCUAGACAUGUUUAGUUCAACUCUGCGUUGGUUUGAAAACUUGAAGUUUAUCUUUAGUGGGGCUACUCGCCCUAUCCGGCGGGGAGCAGUGUUUAACAACGACAGGCCUAAGAAACCACAUUUUUCCCGCCAUUUUAAGAAAGUGGACAUAAGUGUUUCCCUUCAUCAGUUCCAAGUUAACUACUGGACGAGCUUUUCUCAACAGCGAGGCAUUCUUCUUAAUGUUGCGCGUGGCAUCCAUCUUGCCGCGCACCAUCAACUGAACAUUGUUCCUUACACAGACGGUUUGCGGAGAAGAGCUAAGGCGGAUUGGACUGUAUCCUACAUAAGCUGUGAUCUUACCACCUCUGAUAUUUGGAUCCAGACUGCUAUAAUCCCGGAGAAUGAAUCCAACUCAAAUCCUCCAUCUCCUUCGAACGAAGAGGCUAAAUCUGUUCCUCCCACCCCGACCUCAGGACGUGAGACGAUAAACAGUAGAAUAUCUAGGAUGGAGAGUUCCAGGAACAUGGAACGGAGUUUCUUCUUCUGUGUAGAGAAGGUUCUUUACACCAGAAACAGUUGUGAAGAGUUAGGAAAACCAACACAUCGUUUAGUUAUUCACGGAGCUCGAGGAGCCUGGACACAAUCAAACCGGGAUAUGUUCUUUGCCUUGUAUGAUUCCUGGCGCCGUGCUCAGAUUCUCCGGAAGAAUGUUUCCUCCGAUGCAUUGAAACUAUUCUACUCAGAGAAACCAAUCCAGACUCAGCCUCAAGAGAAAACUCCGUUUACCUCUCCUACCCCGGCCAGCACAGUCAACUCCCCCUUUUCCUGGGGGGCCGGGGCAUCCAAGGUGGCGGGGAGCAUGCUAGAUAGACUUCUUCAGGAGACCGAGGGUGGAGCUACUCCAACUGCGUACAGUGAGGAUAUGAGUGGCGAGGAGGAAGUUAAGCAUAGCCUUGAGGCAAUGGCUGCUUGUACCAAAGAUGAUAUUGUUCAUUGGAACUGGUCAAUUGAGCUGGUCAACUCACAGCUAUUGAUGCGAGGUAUAGAAACCCAAGGAUAUGUAAUCAUGUCUGCCGCGCGUGCAUCUGUCUCCCAGAACCUGCACAGACCGGUGUGGAAAGAGCGAGCUCUCCUCUCGAAGACGACCUGGUCCGGGGGACUGGAGAGCAUGCAGUAUUACGCAACGGUCAGCGAGGAGGGGGCGGACCUCGACAAUAUCAUGUGGUUAACCCUGGACAAUAUCGGGGAGGGGGAGGAGGGGCGUGUACCUGGACCUGCAGGGGUGGUGGGUAGUGGGAAGGCAGUGGGAGGAGUAGUAUCGAAGGUAGUCGGAGUAACUGAUAGUCCUGGUAACCUUGGUAUCCAGCUGCAGAGGGUUGUAUCCCGGUGUAAAGCAGAGUUCUUCUAUGUAUCCUACGGUGAUACAGCUCUAGAUGAUGUUGAGGCGAGUGUAGCUGGAGCUUGUAAAAUGUCAGGAAGUCCUAUAACUGAGGAUGAAUGGAAUGCUGCUGAAACUGCUGUUAAUGCAUUUACUCUUGUACAUCAUGAUCUCAACGUGUGUACAAACAGUCUGCAGUACGUUAUGCUUCUGGAUAUUAUCAACAAUCUUCUUCUAUAUUCAGAACCUACUCUCAAGGCAAGGACGGAUAAAUAUCUCCGGAUGAGAUAUCAGUUCAUGCUUGAGAUUGAUACCAUUGAGAAACACAGGAAGAAGAUUAUUCAACUUCAGAACCAGCUGAGACAGCUCGCAUGUACCCAGAGAGAAAAAGAGAAAGAAAUCUAUCUUCUCUCCAAUACAAUGGUUGCUGGGAAGAGAUUAAGAAUGGAAGCUGAGGGGGCAGAAAUCAAGGACCGUUUGUUAGCUAUCAGUGAAGAUCUUGAUAUGAUGAUAAGAUGCUAUAAAGAAACCCAGAUGUCCAGCUCACAGAGACAAUCUGCUCUAAGAGGACAGAAUGAAGGAGCUAAACUAAGAAGACGAGGUGAGAUAUGCUUCAGUAAAGCAGCCUGGCGACUGACAGAGGUUGACGGUCAGCUUGGUAUAGCUGAUAUUAAUAUAUCUAACUUUCUCUUCACUAGAAGCUCUAUGAGUGAUGACAGUGUUGAAAACCUGCUUGAGAUGGGUUGGGUGAACGUGAGGAACCUGCUCCCGAACCAGCUGUAUGAGAACGUGUUGACCCCGACGGAGUUGAAGCGGGAUAUACCUGUGGAUAGACAGAGAACUGUCCGAGUUUACAGCAGGGAGAGGGCCAGGGUUGGGGGUAUAUCAGUUAAGGAUCAUUUUGAGAUAAAUGUUUCUCCAUUAACUAUUGGUAUAACGGCGCACUUCUACAAGAAAAUGAUGACCUUCGCUUUCCCUGAGAAGGACGCGGAGAUCAUAGACGAGGACUUCGAGAUAGAGAAGAAGCAGAAGAAGAAAUUAAGAAAAUCCAAGAAUACGAAUUUCUACGUUGAAUGUCCGAACAUAGAGAAGGAUGACGUGGAGAAGAUGAAGGAGAGAGCUGAGAGGAACAAGCUCUUCAUCUACAUCAAGAUCCCCGAGGUGCCCAUCAAGGUCUCCUACAAGGGGGAGAAGGAGAAGAACCAGAUCCUUGAUGUUGCAGAUUUCCAGCUCCAGGUUCCAACUCUAGAAUAUCAUAACGUGACCUGGACCUGGUUAGAUCUACUCCUUGCCGUCAAGUCCCGAACAAGGGAGUCCCUGGUCACCCAGGCUAUCAAGCAGAAGUUCCUCAGGAACAAGGCAAACGCUAAGGAUGAACAGGCACCUGGAGAAGAGGAGAAGGCAAGAAUGUUGCUGGGGAGCAGUUCAAUGCCGGGCGGAGUCAAACCUGGAAAGCGGUUUCUUUCUUUCAGAAAUUAAACAGAAACUUUUUUAGAAUGAAUUGUCUUUUUUGCUAUUUCUAAACAUGGCCUCAUUUUUUCCUGGGAAAUGAAUACCAUUUAAUUUCAAAAUAUAUCCAUUCUCUCUU